GUCAUGGUACACUACUGUAGUGUGUGUUUGAUUUAUUUUUUUUUUAAUGAGGAUUAACAUCUAAUAAUGUGUAUUCUUUUUUCUGUUUUGUAUACUUCGUUUAUGUGAAAAAUCCUUCAGUCCUAGUGAGCAGGACUUUUAAUACUACUAGUUCUGAACCCCGAUUGCUUCCCUAAUUCCAAUUGUAACCAUUUGAACUACAGGGUGUGGUUUGUGAAAUGGAACUAUCUUGCAUUGGUUUGUUAGGAAGGUGUGAAGCCUUGGGAUUGAUUUUAGUAUUCAUAUUAGCAGUGACCUGGUUAAUAGCCUUGCUGACAAGACAACCUCAUACUAAAACAAACCAGAAGCAGGUUUGUGAUGAUUCUGAAACACACAAGGGUCUCUGUGAUAAAGGGUUCAAGCUUCCCUUACUGGAAGCCAUUGCCUUGUAUUGCUGAGAGUGAAGCUUUCUUGGUUGGUUAGCUACAAAGAACAUCUCAAAAAGCCUCUGAAAUACGCUCAUCUGGUUCAAAAUAUUAGCCCCAAUUUCAAUACAUGUUGAAGUUGUGGUCUGAGCUUAUGCCAUUAUUUAUGUAUGAGUUUGAAGUUUAAUGUAUUUUAUUCGAAUUUCGAAACCCUUGGAUGGAUCGCUCGUUAUACAAUACGCAUGUGAAGCUACUAGCUUUUGACCUUACCUCUCUCACCCAAAUCUCCUCAUGCUCAAAUUCUUUCUCUCGCCAUGGGUUCCUCCUCUCGCGCAUCGAAACCCUUGGAGUCGUAACAUUUUGUGACCUCAAACCACGAAAAUUUCUCAAAUUCAUUAUCGAUGACGGUACUGGUUGUGUCGAUUGCAUCCUUUGGCUAAACCAUCUGACAUCUCCUUACUUCGCUCGUCAAAACCCUUCAAAUGUUCAACAAAUUGCCGACUCGGCCAUCCGUUUUGCGUCGGAGGUGCGACUCGGUGUCGUUGCUAGAGUUCGUGGGAAAAUCACCAAGUAUAGAGGUUUGGUUCAGGUCACCGUUUCAGACAUCGUCGUUGAGAGGGAUCCUAAUGCUGAGAUCUUGCACUGGUUGGAUUGCAUGAGGUUGGCGCGUCAAUGUUAUGAUCAUUCUAUCAAGUGAGUUUGUUUUCGAUACGAUAAUGAAAAAUUAUUGUUAUUGUUUGGUUUCAUAUAUACAUAUCAUUAUCUUAUCUUUACUGUAAAAAUCCAAAACAACACCCAUUGUGGUUAGAUCAUGUUGUUAGUCUUCUCUUGGCUCAUGGUAACGGCCAAGGCUCCAUUUCACACUAUAAUGCCAAUUAUUGUUUGGCAAAACCACACAAUAUAUGCAACACUUUCAUGCUGUCCAA